CAGCUCCUCCUCCAUGGCCGCCGCGCUUCCCGGCGUGGUCACCUCCGCCGUGCUGCAUGUGCUGACGGCGGGGGAGGCGGUGGCCGCCGAGGCCGGGCCCGGAGGCUUCGGACCCCCGCCUCCCUGAGGAGCAAGAGCCGAAAUGGCAGUGCCGGCCGAGCAGGUGAUACUUCAGCCUUCCUGGAAAUACGGCCUGAGGACUUUUUGAAUGAAUAUCCCUGCUGCUCUCAAACUGCCUGAAAUGGCAAGUCCAGCGAUCAGCCCUGACUCUUCAUCCCAUGAAGCACUCUCUUCUGUGAAUUCUGUGCCUGCAUGCUCCCCCACUUCUGAUUCUGAGAACUUGAGCCCAGAUGAGCUAGAACUUUUAGCAAAGCUGGAAGAACAAAACAGGCUUCUGGAAGCAGAUUCUAAAUCUUUACGCUCUAUGAAUGGCUCACGAAGGAACAGUGGAUCCUCUUUGGUUUCCAGCUCUUCUGCCUCUUCCAAUUUGAGCCACCUUGAGGAGGAUACUUGGAUCUUGUGGGGGAGAAUUGUCAAUGAAUGGGAAGAAUGGCGGAAAAAGAAGGAAAAAUUGCUCAAGGAGCUUAUAAGAAAAGGAAUCCCCCAUCACUUUCGUGCUAUAGUUUGGCAGCUUCUCUGCAGUGCCACUGACAUGCCUGUGAAGAAUCAAUAUUCAGAGUUGCUGAAGAUGUCUUCUCCUUGUGAAAAGCUGAUCAGGAGGGAUAUUGCCAGGACAUACCCUGAGCAUGAGUUUUUUAAGGGACAGGACAGUCUGGGUCAAGAAGUCCUCUUCAAUGUCAUGAAGGCUUAUUCUCUGGUAGACCGUGAGGUUGGAUAUUGCCAGGGCAGCGCAUUCAUCGUGGGACUCCUCCUCAUGCAGAUGCCUGAAGAAGAGGCGUUCUGUGUGUUUGUACGGCUGAUGCAAGAAUACAGGUUACGGGAGCUGUUCAAACCCACUAUGGCUGAGCUAGGACUCUGCAUAUACCAAUUUGAGUAUAUGCUGCAGGAACAACUACCUGAACUGAAUAUCCACUUCCGCUCCCAAAGCUUCCUUACAUCUAUGUAUGCAUCAUCCUGGUUUCUCACCCUCUUCCUCACCACCUUUCCUCUGCCUGUGGCCACUCGAGUGUUUGACAUCUUCAUGUAUGAGGGACUGGAAAUAAUCUUCCGUGUAGGAAUGGCUCUUCUGCAAUUCAACCAGGCCGAACUGAUUCAACUGGACAUGGAGGGGAUGUCACAGUAUUUCCAGAAGGUGAUUCCUCAUCAGUUUGACAGCUGUCCUGAUAAGCUGAUCUUGAAGGCCUACCAGGUCAAGUACAAUCCCAAGAAAAUGAAACGGUUGGAGAAGGAGUACACUGCAAUAAAAAACAGAGAAAUGGAAGAGCAGAUUGAAAUCAAGAGGCUCCGUACUGAGAACCGCCUUUUGAAACAGCGAAUUGAAACCCUGGAAAAGGAGAGUGCUGCCUUGGCAGACAGAUUGAUCCAGGGUCAAGUUACACGUGCUCAGGAAGCUGAAGAGAAUUACAUCAUCAAGCGGGAGCUGGCAGUAGUUAAGCAACAGUGCUGCUCAGCAACGGAGAACUUGCAGAAGGCCCAAAGUACUAUCCGGCAACUACAGGACCAACAGGGAAAUCCCCGCUUUUCAGAGGAUUUUGUGAGUCACCUGGAAACUGAGCUGGAGCAGUCACGCCUACGGGAGACAGAGACCUUGAGUGCGCUGAAAGAGAUGCAGGACAAAGUGCUGGACAUGGAGAAGAAGAACAGUUUACUUCCGGAUGAAAACAAUGUGGCCCGUCUACAGGAAGAACUGAAGGCUAUGAAGGUGCGGGAGUCUGAGGCUAUGACGUCCUUCAGGGAGCUGCAGCAGCAAGUGAAGGAGCUCAAUGACAACUGGCAGGCCCAUCUGAGCCGGACAGGUGGGCGAUGGAAAGAUUCUCCUCGUAAGAACACUAUGAAUGACCUCCAGGAUGAACUGAUGAGCCUCCGUCUUCGUGAAACACAGGCCCAGGCUGAGGUCCGGGAGUUGCGCCAGAGGGUGGUGGAACUUGAAACCCAGGAUCAGAUCCACAGCAACCACCUAAACCGGAUGGAGCAGGAAUGUUCUGGGCUACAUGAAAAAGUACAGUACCUCACUGCCCAGAACAAGGGGCUGCAGACCCAACUGAGUGAGACCAAGCGCAAGCAUUCUGAAUCUGAGUGCAAGAGCAAAGAAGAGGUGAUGGCUGUGCGCCUGCGAGAAGCUGACAGUAUGGCUGCUGUGGCAGAGAUGAGACAGCGGAUCGCUGAGCUGGAGAUUCAGAGGGAAGAAGGGAUGAUCCAGGGCCAACUCAACAAUUCUGACUCCUCUCAGUACAUCCGUGAACUCAAGGAUCAGAUUGACGAGCUUAAAGCAGAGAUCCGGCUGAUGAAGGGACAGAAGCCUUUUGAGGACUCCAUGGGCUUUGAUGGUAUUCAUAUUGUGAGCCAUCUGACAGUGGAUGAUGACUCACUGCAUUCUUCAGAUGAAGAGCUGCUGACCAGCCCCAUGGUAGUGGGUGCUCUGCAGGACGUUUUAUACCCACUCUCCCCCCAUAACACUCACUUUCUUCGGGGUGCUGAGAGCUCUGGUAAGGAGAGUGACGGCACCACAGAUAGUGAUCCAGAUGACCCUGCCUCCGCCACUGAGCCCAAUGGUGAGAUCAUCUUUGCAGAGGCCCUGGGCAAAUGAGGUGAGAUACUGCCAUCCCAGCUCCAUCUGGAAGGCACUUGGUCCUAUGGCCAUGCUGUACUGAAGGCUCAGGGAUCCGAUCUGAUCCGAUGUGAUCUUGUGGACCACACAAGGUGCAUCUGCGUCCCUACCCAGUAAGUACUAUGUCCCUGAGAAGCACACAGGGAACAAAACAGAGUUCGACAGCUGGCCUGCUUUAUAUGGACCAUCUCUGUUGAUUGAUGUCUGCACUGCCUUUUCUCCAGCUCUGUUGUCACUGAUAGUUAAACUCCAAGCCCAUGUCUUGGUCUCAUUCACAUCCCCCACCCCAACCCAUUGCCACACUUUUUUCCCUUCCACACACCAGGAUUUGCACACUUGAGAACUCUGGGGGACAGCAGAAGCAACCAGUCCACUGGUUCAUAGAUUGCAGUCCAGUAGCAAUUAAUCUCUGUCUCCUUGCUGUGCUCGGAGAGAUGAGAAGGGUCAGUCUUCCCUUUAUUUAUGUGUCCUCAUACACUCCCGUUUGGAAUGCAGAGAAGAACAUGGAUUGGCUCUUCGCUCCUGUGUGAUUUUCACUCCAGGAGAAGGACGGGGAACGAUGUGUGGAGAAUAUGCUUCUGAAUAAGUGAUUUGGUUCUAAAGAGAGAGAUUAUAUUUUUGUUCUUGCAUAUAUUAUUUAUUUAUACUGUAUAAUUGCCAGACUUCCUCAUUUAGAGGAGCCUUGGCAUAAAGCUUUAAUUUCAACAAUCUUGAGGGCUUUUAUGGAACAGUCAGAACUGCUUCUAUAGCAGAAGACACAGGAUGUUUUCUUUUGAGGUGUGCUGUGGUAAGGGAAGUGCUCUGCAUGGUACCUUCUGUGGCAAACAUUGCCUACAGCAGUAACUGUGUUUUGCUGCAUCCAUGGCAGGGAAUUUACAUAGUGUCUUGGUUCAUACAGGAAACAGCAGUUCCUCUAGCAUUCCCAGCCUGAGAUUGUAUUGUCUGAGGUCAUACAACUCUUCCUUAGUUCCAACUUCAUGGCCAUUUCUUCAGUCAAUGGUUCUUGGAAAGUUCUGACCAUUGUCCGAUUUGUUUCAGGCAUGUGGCAGUCAAUCAGAAAACCACAAAAUACAUUUUAUUAAGAAAAGACAGGUACAUUAACCAAAUUACUCAAGAGCUUCUCUUCUGUCUGUGAUUCAGAUGAUCAAAAUAAGUGGCUAAGUUCUCAGGUGUAUGAGAAAGCCUGAAGAUCAGAGAGAAGGGAAUACUGAAAUGUCCAAACAUCUGAUCCUGUCAAGAUUUUUUAAAAAAGGAAGCUCCCAGACUCUCAUAGCAGAACUACUCAUGAUGCAGACAUGAAGUCCCCAGCUCCAUGUUUGCCACCUAACACUAAUGAGGUGGGCUUGCAGGGGAGAAUGAGCAGGGGAAGUUUGCUUAGCCCUUUUUGUUCCCACUGAUGAGUUCAUGCAAAUAUUUCCCUCCCCUCACUUUGUACAUAUGUCAACAUGUUUACCUGUAGAAUAUGUAGCUUGCAGAAACAGUCCUCUUUUCUUAAUUGUGGUAGGAAGAAAGAUAAGACUUUGGCUUCCUGACAAAAUUAGCUUCUGUUCUUCAUUUAACAUGAGGAUUGUUGGCGCAGCCAACCUAUAGCAAUGAGUGAAUAAAGAGUCCCUUCCCCACAGCCAGCCAGUCAUGAUCUCAUUGAAGACCAUUUUGAAUGAACUGUAGAGUGAUCUCCAGCUCAACUGGAAACCCUGCUCUGACAUGCUGUUUGGGUCUCUACAUUGCUAGGCGAGCUCUUGCAACUCAGUGGAUGUAUAUUCAGUUGACUGCAAAGAGGCUUGCUUUCAACAGAUGGGCCAGUCACCAGCUGGGGAAAAGUAGUGGAGCAAUACUCGGGAACAUGGCAUGGGGCCCACUUCUCUCAGUUAGAGAUAAUUCUGGAAUUGGUAUUCAUGAUGCUUCCCUUAAUUUUCAGGGUACAGGGUACCAGGAUGGAGUCUGCUAGUUUGAGUCUGCCCCCUCUCCUUUAAGUGAUGGAGUCAGAGUUUAAGGUCAGUAAAGCCCUUCUCAUCUAACAUAUUCCUUGGGGACUGGUGCUACAUCCUGGCACCACAGGAAGCCAAGGUCUCAGCCCCUACUGAUAGGAAGACAUGACCAUGACACCUCUAAAAAUAAGCUUUGAAAGAGGUUUAGGGCUGUUUUCUUUCCAUUUGAAUUGGAGAGAUCUCAAGGACAAGGUGCUAUGAAAUAUUCAUUGUUGGAAGGUGUCUGAAUUAAAGGCAUUGUUACAAAGGAUUGUAUUCAACUAUGAAAUGAAGGAAAUGGAGAGCCUUUUACAGAAAAUCUGUAGAAAUGUAGAGGGUCAUAAAACACUGAGGAUGCAGGGUGUUGGCUCUGCUGCAGAGGUAGGCAGUUUUGCUAGGCCACAUCUCUGAAUAGUGAGAACCUUCUGAUUGGUUUUGGGAAGUAGAGUGAAUGAAAAGCUGUUCUUGUUAUGGGCUGAUUUUCCUUUUGUUCAUCACUCAGUGUUAUUUCCUUCAAUCUGUUACAAACUAAUAUGCCGUUUAAUUUUGCCUAAUAUCUAAAAGCUGCAACAUUAUUGACUUAAAAUGUUCAGUAUCAGACACACAAAUCCCUUUUUGAAAUAGAUUCUUCUCCUAGUCUCCAAGAUUCUUCCCAUGACAUGAGUUUCCAAUUUAUUUGACCAUAGUGAAGAAGGAAUUCCUUAGGUUUUCCAAACGUUAUUAUACGUGCGCUAUUGCACUAGGGCAAAUGUUUGGUCAUUUUUAACUCCCCGAUCAUGGACUCCUCUAGUGAAGUUAAACCAGCAUUUGCAGAAGCAGGCGGACAAACCUGCACCUACCUGGCCCAGCCCACCAGAUGGCUGGCCCUGAAGUAUUAUUUAUGUAUUUAUAUAAAUAUGCCUGGGGAAAGGCUCCAGUUUGGUAUAACCUUACAUAUUUUAAUAGAUGUAUUCUAUAUAUACAUGCUGCACUGUAUUGCCAAAUUUGUGUAAUUUACUCUGCCACUAUUCCAUGUCUCCCAGAGAUCAACAGCAUAAUAUGUGGUCCAAACAAGAGUUCAGCCCGCAUUGUUUUUUUGAUCUGCUUGUGUCAGUCUGAUGCAUUUAAUUUUAUUUUAUUGCUAGCAGCGGGCACAUGUUUGCAAUGUUGGAUGGCUUGUGAAACUGUUUACCAGUUUGUGCAUAAUUCCUAGCAAUUGUUGUUGAUAUUUGUUUGUGUAGUGCUACCUGAAUGCUCGCUGCCUCCAAGAUUACAUGUUAAGAAGAACUUUAAUCACUGCUGUUUCUAAAUCUGAAGUAAUCCUAUUGACUUUAGUGUGUUCAGAUUUACACUGGAGUAAAUGGGAAAAGACUGUGUUUAUUAGGCAGGAUCAAAUCCAAAAUGCUUCCGCAACCUGUUUAGUCAGGGUUUGGUUUUUUAAAAAGAAAUAUAUGAAAUGCACUUAGGCAGUACUCAGUAACUCACAUAAACCUUACAUUAGGUUUAUUCUGGCAUGACUCUGACUGGAGUGGAGUUUGCAACAAUUAACCUCUACUAAUCUACAAUAAUUAAUUAUGCUACUGCUACUUUGUUGCAGGGUUUGAGACCAUGGCUGUAGAACAGCCUGGUAACUUUGACCAGGUGUCGCCACCAAUCCCGCAAAUUGCCUCCACCCCGCCAUGCUGCUUCUGUAUCUGCCUGUCUGUGAUACAGAAAAGCCACAGAAACAGCACUAUGAUCAAAAUGUUUAUGUGCUGCCUUCUGAGGCUCCAGCCAUGCAAGAGUAAGCCAAUAGGGAACAAGCCUUUUGAUUUCUGCAGCUUCCUAGCAGGGGGUAUUUAUUUAUAUCCUCCUUAAGUACAGGGCAAAUAACAUCAAGCCAAAUGAUGAAAAUAAUUCAUUUCUAGUUAAAGCCUAAUUGGUUCUUUGGAGCUAUGGAAGAAUUAAAGUAUUAGGAGCAAGGGACUGGGUGAGAGAUGGCAAUUCUAAUUUUACCAAGACAGGGCAAAUGGAGUGGAUUCCAGUGGCAUAGCCUGUGUUACUGCUGGUGUGUUUGGCAAACUACUAGCUGGAGAUUGGCUGCAGAGCACUUAAUGACAGUAGAUCACAGUAUGCCUAAUAACACAUUAACCUCAGUGAUUAUAGUGGAGUGAGGCUAAUUAGCUUGUCAUAAAAAUCUGGCCUUCUGUUCUAUAAAAAUGGUCUAUUUUUGCCAAGCUGCUCCCUCCCCUAAGUAUUUAAUUAAGUUCUAGUAAUACAGCCUUUUUGGAAUGUGUCUUUUUGUUGCAAUAAUUGGUAAGUUAACUAGUAAUUAUGUGUUUGGAGGUUUCUGAAAGAAAGAACUGUCUGCUUCUGCUUACUAUCCACAUAUAGAAUGCAAAGCAUGCCUUUGCAAUGGCAAUGAUGGUAGAAGAAAAAUUCAGUCCAGCAGCGCUGGUUGGCUACUUUGAACAUCUGCUUGAAUAUAGAAUUGCCAUCCCUCUUUCCCACUACCAUUUUGCUUUGAGUUUGUAUUGUUCUUCACAAAGUGUUCUGAAUGGAUUUUAAGGAAUCAAUUCUGUGGUCCUUACAUGUAGUAGCUCACCUUCCCUGCAUUUCUUUUCCAAAUGAAGGUGUCAAAUACUGUAGCCGAUUCAGUUCAGUUCUUGGUAGCAACCUUCCCCACCUGUGUGCCCUCCAAACUCGUUGGACUCCAGCUCCCCUAAUCCCUAGCCAGCACAGCAGGGUUGGGCACGCUGCUCUGGAAUAGCAUAUCCAGAAAGGCAGGAAGCCAGGAGCGGUGUGGGAGGAGGAUGUGCCAUCAGCUCACUCUCAGUGGCAUACCCGUUUCUAUGCUAAAAUGAAUUUGCACAGACCUUUCCUCCUCUAUUGGUAUCCCUUCUCGAAGUAGCCUUGAGUUCCUUCAGCAUUCUUAAUAGCACUGGGCCAUCAGGAGUCUGUCUGACCAUCCAAGCUCCAUAGCAAGCUGCAGUUUCUUACACCAUCAGGGAAAUCUAGCAAAGCCCACAUCCUAAAGCAGCUUGUUACGCUUGGCUGCUACAGGGUCUCAUGGACAGAAUAGGCGGGAAGUGGUGCUCGGCUGUGAUCUUUGCUCAUUACUGACAUGGUUCAAUUUGCACUUUAAUAGUAGUUCUUCCCCCUUUCAUAGAAGGGGAAACAAUGUGGUGCUGUAUUUAGACUGGGGGCGGGAAUGCUUUCUCCGUUCCUCCUCCCAGCUGUGACACUUGACUUCUAGUUGUUCUCUAGCUUGAACGCAUCUAUUUCCUUGUUAUGUGCCACAACUUUCUCUUCUGUAGAAGCAGGAGAGGCUGAGCUUACUACUGUGAAUAAUGUUUGAGUGGCACCCUGUUAAUUACACUAAACAGGACAUCCCAGGUACAAGAUACAAAGAUAGAACAGGUCCAGAGAGCAGAGUGGAGUGAGGACCAGCAGUUAAAAGAAAUUGGGCUGUAUCUAUUAAGUCAGGAUGGACAACUUGUGGGCUUCCUGAUGUUUUUGUCUACAGCUCCCAUCCAGCUUCAGUACUGGUUAUGGUGGUGAAGGCUGAUGGGCAUUGUAGGUCAAACCGGCUGGACACCCAGAAGUUGUCCAUUGCUACAUUAAGCCCUAGUGUUUUUAAUCACAGAAACAGUAAAUAUGUUAAGAUUAGUGGAGAUAAACUGAGAGCACUCGCCUUGUUCACUACAUAAACAUACAUUUUCUGCCCCAGGGUGUGGCUCUGCCUGGCUAAGUUUGCAGCAGGGAGUAGCUGGCUCUGUUGAGCACUUCCUGGUCAACACCUAUGAAUUUGCCAACACACACUACUUGUUCCUUAAAAGGUGUGGGGGUUUUUCUGGAAGAAAAUUGUUUAUAUAUGCAUAAACACAUUGUACUAUUUUUAAAACGAGCCUACUUAAUGCACAAAAGGUAGGGCAAUAGGAAGCAAAAUCUCUUCUCCAGCAUUACAGUUACUCUUGUGUGUGGUUGUAAAUAACACAAGUUACAAAGCAGAUGAAAACCCCGUGAGUGCCCUCAGGAUGCCGUGUCAUCACCUAAAACUAAUUCCUUUGAUUGAGAAGAUACAUUUUCACCAUAACAAAUCUUUUCAAAAACUGGCAUCCUUAUGGGCUUUAGUAGAAAAAAAAACUUUCUGAUCACUGAGGUAGCUGGAGAAAUGACCUUGCUUAGGUCAUUCUCUAGCAGAGCUUCUGGACUAUUACAAAGACACUAAUCUAACUUUCUAAUAGGGCUGGGUUAGUAUUAGAGGAGGAUGCCUUUAGUGGUACCAAAAUUAGGCUUGAACAGAAUGCCAUCGCAGCAGAAAUCACUGUAACAAAGACCUUGGAUAGAAACAAUGUGUCUGGACAGGUAAUGGUUUACUGGAAGAAACUGGGAAGGUAGGACAAGUGAAACAUUUUAUUUAGGCAGUGUAGACAAAAGUCCAGUACACUACAUUCUUUUUAGCUCUGGGUUAUGAAUAUAUUUCACUGAAAUUCAUGAUACAGACUUGCUACAAAUUUAGUUGUAAAUUGGCUCCCAUUUGUGCCAUCUUGUAGAAUAGAAUAAGUGAAUGGAUACAUGAUGGAAAGAGAGUCAAAUAGGGCCAGGGACAUAGGGCAUUCGAGUGCUGAGUGAGCCCUUCAUCAUAGAGCUACAUACCUCUGCUGGGAUUCUCACAAGCACAGUGGAAUGUGCUGGCAGAAUUAGAGUGGUCCACACUUCAUCUUUGUAUAGUGACUUGCCCUAUAUUCUGUGCAGCUCAAUCACUACAUGCUAGUCGACAGAAAUUUACUACUUCUAUCCAGAAGGCAUAUGCAGGCUACAGUGCGUGUUUGCUUUCCAGGUUGGAAGAUAUAUUUCUCUCCUCAGAGCCCCAACUCUUCUUAAAAUCAUGUGUUUAGUGUAACUAUGUACCUGUGUCCCUUCUCUGCUCCUCAAAGUAUAACUUCUAUUCUUUCUAGCCCAUGCCCAUGAAAAAACAAAUAACUGUUGUUCAAACUAUCUGUACUUUCAAAAACCCCUCCCAACACACAAAUAAACUAUUUACACUGUC